CUCCACGAUGAGCUUCCAUUCUUUGUUAGCGAGGGCAUCACCUCUGUGAAGCUCUACAUGACCUACAAACCCCUCCAACUGAAAGACGGCGAAAUCUUAGACGUCAUGAUGGCCACCAGGAACCUAGGCAUGACGACCAUGGUCCACGCCGAAAACAGCGACAUGAUAACCUGGAUCACGGCCCGCCUUGCAGAGCAGAAACUUACGGCGCCAUACUACCACGCCAUCAGCCGGCCCAAUAUCGCCGAGGAUGAGGCGACGUACCGCAUCAUCGCCCUCGCCGAGCUCUGUGAUAUCCCCAUCCUCAUCGUCCACAUGUCGUCCAAGACCUCAAUUGCGCACGUCAGAAGUGCGCAGACACGGCUUCUGCCCAUUCAAGCAGAGACGUGCCCCCAUUACCUCUAUCUCACAGCCGACGCCCUGAAGCCGUCUCAUCCGGCUACUGAUGGCUUCUCCGGCGCGAAGCUCAUUUGCAGUCCGCCGCUACGGGAGGACUGCAUGGACCUGGAUGCCAUGUGGGCCGGUAUCGCCAACGGGACAUUUACGACGUUCAGUUCGGACCACGCGCCGAGUCAAUACGAUCAUCCUGGCGGCAAGAAGGCGGGCCUGGGCAAGGAAGAUUGUUCCAUGCAGUAUGACCAGGUCCCAAAUGGGCUUCCCGGUGUUGAGACGCGAAUGCCCUUGCUGUUUGAGGGCGGUGUGCUGUUGGGUAGAGUGACGCCGCAAAAGUUUGUCGAGGUCACGGCGACGAACCCCGCAAAGCUCUAUGGGUUGGGAUAUACCAAGGGUGCGAUCGCCGCCGGGUAUGAUGCUGACUUUGUCAUUUGGUACACUAUACCUGAGCAGGUUGCUGCCAACGGCGGGACGUGCUCUGCAAAGAUAAAGCCGUUCGUCUUGGAGAAUUCGAUGUUACAUCAUGAUAUUGACUACUCUCCUUUCGAGGGGAUGAAGUUUAACAACUGGCCGCGCUUCACCAUCCUGCGAGGCAAGGUGAUUUGGGACCGCGAUGGCAGCGGUAUCGCUAGCGAUAUGGGAUACGGGAACUUCUUGCGGCGCGGUAAGAGCACGCUGAGCAAGCCGAGGAACCAGUGGGUGAAUGAGUUCCAACACCUGCCCGCAAAAUAGAUAGUCUUUGUGUUCCUAUUCACCCAUACUACAUACGAAGUAGCUUCGACCUUCUCCGGCGUUCUGGAUUGGAAUUCAAUUCAUGACCUUAGUUCACGUGUUUGGAUAGCAAAUAUUCCGCGGUGUAUCUCGAAGCUUGUCACAAUUUGAACCGCCUUCCAUUGUCCGGUAUGGGGGUGAUGUCGUCUCCGCAUAGCCAUAGACAUGAUGCUGGUUGACGAGGCACUCGCCGUAACUAGUGAGAUGACCUGUA